AUGCCAAAAAAACGAAUUUUCUUUUGGUGCUUGGAGACCAUUGCUUAUUCAAUAUUAGUGGAUAUAGUGGUACCGGAAUUGGGUGAUUUGAUUGUGACAAAGUUUUUGAUUACUUUGGUUUAUGGACUGGUUCAUAAAUCUAGAAUUUCGGAAUUGGUGACAAUUUCUAUAAUCGAGUUGAUUAUAAAUAAAAAGACGACAUUUGUACAUGAAAUUAUAAAAGGGAAGAUAAUCGAAGAUCAUUACCAAAAGCAAGAACGGCGUUCACAACAAAAUGUAAAACAAUCUAAUAACAGUAAUAACAAUAGCAACAAUGAUAAUGUCAACAAAGAAAAAGAAACAGCAGUAUCAUCAGAUGUAUCAAAAGCUGCUGAUCUACUACAACAACAGCCAACUCGCAUAGAUCGGAUGAAAGAAGAGAAUAAACAAUUACUAGCUAGACUUUCAAACAUGGAAAAUGUCCGAAAAUCUCCACCACCUAGUAGUCCACGACGAAAAAAUAUGUUUGAGAAUACAGACAAUGACUCCGAAAACGAUCAAUUGCUAUCAACUAAAAGCAAUAAAAGUCAAAAUCAAAAUGAUCAAAAUAACGCUAUUCCAAGAAAUCCGAGAGAAAAAAGACGAACACGAACAGCGAGCAGAAAACCAAAAACAAAAAAAACCGAAAUAUUUGAUGAUGUCAAUGAUGAUGCACUACGAUUUCGUAGUUCGUAUUCUGGCUACAUGACAUCAAAUAGUAGCACCUCAUUGUAUUGUAAUAGUCGACAAGAAGGAAGUCUAUUUUCGCCUUCAAGUGAACAUUUCGAUACCGAUUUAACUGAUUAUUCAUCUGACGAGAAUGUCGAUCACGAUGAUCUAAACAAAGAUCAAGUGAUUAUUGAUGAAAAAGAAGAAUCUAAAAGAGUUGAAUAUUAUAAGGACAAAUUGUAUAGUAUGUUGGAAGAAUUUGAUCCGGCGAGUUUAUAUUUGAUGAAACAAGUGAACAAGGGUGGAUCUGGAAUAGUGUAUAAAGCAACUCCUAAAAAUACCAUCAAUAAUAACACAUCUUCCUUUUUAACCUCAUUUUCAACAUUUACAAUCGCAAACAACAUAAGCAAUAUAAACGAUAAACCGAUAGCCAUAAAAGCAGUUUCACUUCCCGAAUCAAAACUCCUUAACGUGAUAUACGCCGAAGUGAAGGCAGCACGAGUACUACGUCACUCAAACAUCGUGGAAAAUAUAUCACAAUAUCGAACUUCCGAUGAUACAUUAUAUCUGCUAAUGGAGUACUGUUCGCGUGGAAGUCUCUUGGACUUCACUCUCAAAACACGAAAAUUAACUGAACCAGAAAUUGCAUUCAUUCUACGCGAAAUUCUGUUAGGAUUGAAAUAUCUACAUGAAUUGGGAUUCAUACAUCGUGAUAUUAAGGCGCAGAAUGUGUUAGUGACCGAAACUGAUUUUGGAUCAAUAUCUCUGCAAUCGCGUGCUUCUAUUACAGUUGGUACGAUAUAUUGGAUGGCACCAGAAGUACUAUUCGAUGAGCUAUACGACAAUAAAGUUGAUAUCUGGUCAUUGGGUAUCACCGCAAUAGAAUUAGUUGAUGGUAGGCCACCAUGGCAUCCAUUAGGUCAACGAAUGGUUCUACAAUUCAUCAAAGAUGUAGGAACGCCACCACUUCCGGCAAACAUUUCCAUUGAAUUCGAAUCUUUUCUCCGUGAUUGUCUAACUGUUCAACCUAGUAAACGACCUAGCGCUUCAGAGUUACUGAUGCAUCCUUUCUUGAAUCUGGCUAGUCC